AUGGACCUUGAAAUGCGGUGCAAUGGAACCUUUAUUGAGCCAACUGUGCUUGCCAGAGGACAAUACCUUUACGGCGAACGAAACCUGCCACCCCAAUACUUCAUCGAGAACGAUGGCUCUUGUACUCCUAGCGAUCUACCAAUUACGGUGAUGUUGUGUUUGACUGAGAAUGAUUUCUAUGGGAAUCACUGGUAUUCUUUCUUACAGGUUCGAACGAGUGUCAUCGCAGAAUACUCCACAUUGAUUCAUCGCAACCUUACAGAAGCGCUACGCAAACGGGUCCCUACAGGCUAUCGAAAAGACCUAAUCCCUACGAUCAAGUUGAAUGUUCCCUCCAUCGAACUGUUCACCCUCUUCUACGAGUUUAUGGUCACGAAGGACGAUCGCGAAAUGAUGCGCACUUUGCUGCCUAGAGAAUGCGAACGCGACACACGGCGGUUCCGGAACAUGCCUGUUUGGUUAUAUGUCACAGUCGAGGACUUCCUCCGUGUUCCCGUCACCCCGGUAGCGGCCCCUCUUUGGAAUGUGUACGCACAAUUGCGCAGGCAGCUGAAGUGCCCAAAUCACAACCCCAUCACUUGGGCUUGA